AUGGAAAACGACUCAUCAUAUCAUUCCAAUUCAUCAAUCACGUGUCUAAUGUUCGACACACGUGCACUUUGCGUCGUUUGCGGAGCACCUGCCAUAGGGCGAAAUUUCGAUGCGUAUACUUGUUUAUCGUGUAAAGCAUUUUUCCGUCGGAAUGCUUACAAUGAUCAGGUUCGUUUUACUUGUCGUUCAUCAAGUUCAUGUGAAAUAACAACAUUGACUCGACGACACUGUUCGGCAUGUCGUUUAAAUAAAUGCUUCCGACAGGGAAUGAAAAAGGAACUUAUUCGAAGUUUAGUGGCGAUUAAACAAGCUACGUCAGGGGCGAUAAUCCGUCGGUCUCAUCGUGAAUCUCAAUCUCCUCUAUUAACCACGAUCAAUCACGUCGUUAUUGAUGAUCAAUCAGUUUUAUCAUUAGAUGAUUGGAAUUUAUUAAGUAACAUUCAAAAUGCCUAUGAAGAAUAUUGCGUUGAACCAUUCCUUGCCUCUCACGAACGAAUAUCCUUGAUAGUUACCACUCAGCCAUACCGUACACGGAUUAAACUUCAACGUUUGAUCGAUUUAAUCAAGAAAUACUAUUUGAUUGUCGUUUCCUUUAUAAAACAUGUUCUCGAAUUCGAUCCAUCGACUGAACAUGACUAUAUUUACAUUCAGAACAAUUUACGAGCACUAUCGCUUCUAAAUGUCAGUGAACUGAUGAAAUGCAAUAUUUUAAAACAUGCACCUUGGGAAUACGAUCGUUGUUUAUUCGAAUUGGUCUUAACGGAGGACAUACUUCAACGCUUUGAACAACAUUUACAUAUCUACCAAACCACUUCACCGCACGAUGCAGUGAUAAUCAAGUUAUUUCUUAUCAGUCUUGCAUUUUCUUCUCGCAUCUAUCCGAUCUUUGGGAAAGAUCAAUAUCAUUCAAUGGAUUUCUAUCCAUUUCCACAACAACUUGUUUCAGCUCAAAAUUAUUACAUAACGUUACUAUGGAAGUAUGUGAUAUAUCGACUAGGGAUUCACAAUGCUAUUAUCUACUCAGCCAGAUUUAUUCAACAUUUUCUUCGUCAGCAAAUGCUUGACGCUGACGUCUUGAAUAUAAUCAACAAUCGAGACGAUCAUGGACAACUUGUUGCACUUAUUCGAAGCGAACUUAGUGAUAAUUAG